AUGGAGAACGAAAAGGGAGAGAUCGUUGAUCUCUACGUCCCCCGCAAGUGCAGCGCCACCAACCGCAUCAUCAAGGCCAACGACCACGCCUCCGUGCAGAUCUCCAUCGCCAAGGUUGACGAGAACGGUCGUUACACCGGCGAGAACCAGACCUAUGCCAUGUGCGGCUUCAUCCGUGCCCGUGGCGAGAGCGACGACUCCCUGAACCGCCUCACCCAGCGUGAUGGUUACCUCAAGAGCGUCUGGAGCGCCAGCCGCCAGCGAUAA